AUGCAGCUGAAGAACUCGCUUGUCCUCCUCACGGCCCUCACUGCCGGCAGCGCCGUUGCGCGCCUCCACGGCCACGAGCGCCGCCACCAGCACCACCAGCGCAACGUCGAGGAGCGCGGUGUCGGUGACGUCGUCACGGCCACCAUCGACGGCCAGGUCGUCUCGUGGAUCAACGAGUGGUCUGGCGUUGCUCCGACCGCCGCCGCUGAGGCCUCGUCUUCUUCCUCCGCUCCUGCUGAGAGCUCUGCCAUCCCGACUGCCUCUGCGACUUCCUCUUCCUCGUCUGGCACUGCCACCGGCUUUGGUGCUCGUACCUCGCCCCACGGCUCCGGUAUCAACUACGUCGGCAACGUCGGCAACCCCUGGGGCAGCAACAUCAUCCAGAUCUCCGAGAAUGAGGUCAGCAAGUACAAGUACACCCUCAAGUUCCUCGGCGAUUCCAUCACGGAGCCCUGGACCGUGGUUUUCUGGAACAAGAUCGGCCCGGAUGGCAAGUUGGAUGGCUGGUACGGCUACUCGGCCCUGCAGUUCCAGAUCAAUCCCGGUGAGACCAAGUACGUCGCCUGCGAUGAGGACACCCAGGGUGCUUUCGGUGCUGCUCCGGGCAACACCCUGCCCAAGGAUGCCGACGGUGGCUGGGCCUCGUCCUGGGGUGAGUUUGACUUUGGCAACAGCCAGAACGGCGGCUGGUCUGGCUUCGACGUUUCUGUCAUUCAGGCUCAGAACGCUGGCCUGCCCAUCCAGGGCCUGAAGAUCUGUGAUGCUGCCAACGAAAACACCUGCUCCUCCAUUGCCUCCAGGCUCUCCAACGUCGUCAACGCCUACACCAACAAGGAGGCUGCCGAAGGCGGCAUUGGUGGCAACAUCCCUCCGGGCCCGCUGGCCCUCAACGUCUACCUCAACUACCACUAA